CUAGAGGAAUUAAGGUUUGGACCUGCCUCCAGCACCCAUCAGAAGUCACGGGGCAUGGAAUGCCAGUCUCACGGAAAACAGGGAGUUGGCACUGAAGCCAAGAAGAGAGCUUGCAGCUCUCUGGGAAUGGCUUGUAGGAGGCCUGCGACAAGGCCUGGCUCAGCAGGCCUACGACAUUUUCCAGACUGAGAUGGCUUUUCUACACCCUCCUGGGGCCACACCCUGCCAGCCAGAUGACUCCCUUCACCCAGUUGGGCCCAGGUACCUCACCUCAACAGCAAGUCUUCCAGGACUGAUGGGGAGGAGAGGGUGUGGAUUUGCUUCUCUAACUCCCACCACCUGUCUCUGUCUCUCCUGAUCUAUAAUGCUAGUUUGCACUUCAUUUGCUUAUUGUCUUGGCACCUCUCUCCUCCUCCAUCACAGCCAGAGAUGACCUGAUACAAUGCUGGCAAUCAUCUUCCUUUCCCGUCAUGACCAUCGCCGCUGCUGACUGCGUGAUGGGUGCCAAGACACCCUUUCAAGAGUAGACCCGGGUUUUCAUGGCCUGUACCAGAGCUGGGGUGGGCGUAGAGUGGAGUGGGAUGCAAUGCCCUGCUAGUUGGCAGUGGUCCCAUUCCUCCUCUCCCGCUGCUGGUGACGCUGGCGAGCCAUCAUGGUUGAGCAUAGCUGAUCCAGCUCAAGGUUCUCAUCUCAGAAAAGAGGAAACUGAGGCCCAGAGAAGAGAGAGGGCUAGCCCCAGACCACACAGGGAGUUAGUGGCAGAGCUGGACGUGGAACCCAGGUCCCCCACCCGAGUCCGUCGUCUGAUACUUGUUCUAGAUUUGACCGGGGGCAGCAGCCAGGCAUGGAGGAAGACAUACCGGUCAUCCCAGCUGCACGCUUACAGAGAACGUGUCCCAUGGGCGAGGCCCUGUUGCUUUCCCCUUGCCGGCACACCGAAUCCUUCUGGCAGGCCUCUCCCCUUCCUGGCUCCUCCUGCUUCCCUGUUUUAUAGCAACAGCCUCAGCUUUCCAGUCCUCCAGAUCUGAAUCACCCCUCUCCACACGGCCCCUUCCUCCUUUCUGUUCAGUUCCUCCUUCACAAUGCUGUCAUUCAGGCCCACAUCGUCACCUGCCUGGCUGGUUGCGACGGCCGCCCCAGGAGCCUCCAGCAGCGCCUCUGAUGAGGCAACCGCCCGUCCCGGCACGGUCUCUCUCCGGGCCUGGCAAACGUUUCCAUGCGAGCACGGGAGGCGAAGUAAUGGUCACAGUAAGCAGUACGGCAGGGUUCCGCACACUCAUCAGCAGAUUAAGUGCUUUCAUAAGCAUUCCCUUGCACAAGGAAGUAGACCUUGGUUCUGGUCCAGUUCCAGUUCUCGGAGUGGUCUUGGGCAAGUCACUCUCCCUGUUGGUAUCUUUCAUGAUCCCGAAAAUGGAGAUGCCCAGGUUCCCUUCCGACUCUCACCGCUCCCUGGUGCUGGUCUUCCUCUGUUCCAGACGGACUGCCAUGCUGACGUGAGCGGCACCAUCUAUGAGUACGGCGCCCUCACCAUCAACGGGCAGGAGUACGUCCCCUUCAAGCAGUACGCUGGCAAAUACAUCCUCUUUGUCAACGUGGCCAGCUACUGAGGCCUGACAGGCCAGUACAUUGAACUGAAUGCACUACAGGAAGAGCUUGAACCAUUUGGCCUGGUCAUUCUGGGCUUCCCCUGCAACCAAUUCGGAAAACAGGAGCCAGGAGAGAACUCAGAAAUCCUACCCAGCCUCAAGUAUGUCCGACCGGGCGGGGGCUUCGUCCCCAAUUUCCAACUCUUUGAGAAAGGCGACGUGAACGGGGAGAAAGAGCAGAAGUUCUACACGUUCCUGAAGAACUCCUGCCCUCCCACCUCGGAGCUCCUGGGCUCACCGGGCCGCCUCUUCUGGGAGCCUAUGAAGGUCCAUGACAUCCGCUGGAACUUUGAGAAGUUCCUGGUGGGGCCGGACGGUGUACCCAUCAUGCGCUGGUACCACCGGACCACGGUCAACACCGUCAAGAUGGACAUCCUGGCUUACAUGCGGCGGCAGGCGGCUCUGGCAGUCAAGGGGCAGUAAAUCAGACCUGCCCUCCCCCCACCCCCCCACCCCCGUGUCCACCGUGCGGGGGCUGGGGAGGGGCUCCAUUCAGGAAGGAAUCCAUUUCUCCAACCACACCACACUCCCACCAUAGACCCCUCGCUAUUCCACAAGGCCCCCCACCUGACGCAAACAUGUGCGUACGAUUGUGUCUGUACUGCCGUGCACGUGGGUGUCUGCACGCAUGCCCACAGGCGCGUGUGACCACGUGUGUGCGCGAGUGAACAGCCACCUGUGUCCACCUGCAGGAAUAUGGGCAAUGCAUACCAUAUGCGUACGCACAGCUGUCUGCUGCAGAGAGUGCGAGAAAAUACCUCCCCUUUCUCUCCAAUUCUGACGAUAACCAUUCACUUUCAGCUGAGCCCACGGUAAAACCAGCUCUCGAUCCAACUGUUCUGUUCUGACCUACACCUCGACUUUGGGGCCAGCAUCUCCCACUGCCUCCAAAUAUCACCACUGAAGGGCCCAGAAGUUUCUGGGUCUACCACACUGCCCAGUCUCCCUACUCUCCACCAUGCAGCCCCUCUCUUCCUGAAGGGCCCUCCCAAGCCCCCUACCCCACCCCAUAGUGCUCCCUGAGAGCAGCCAAGGCAGAUGUGAGAGCAAGGGCCACGUUCCCCGGGUCAGGAAUGGCAUCUCCAUGAAGGAGGGGCCCGAAGCCCUUAUGGGCGGACCUCCCCUGAGCCUGUCUGAAGGGCCAGCCCUUAGUGCAUUCAGGCUGAGGCCCUUGGGCAGGGAUGCCACCCCUGCUUUUCUGGAGGAUGUGCCCUCUCCCCUCACCCUGGUCCCUGGCAUUAGACUCCCCCCACCCCCGUCUGCCCAGUAAAGGCCUUUCUGCAACA